AUGCACAAAACAAAACUAUUACUUUGGCAACACAUAUGGGAACACAGACAAACAGGACCAACAAUAUACAACAUUAUCAGAAAAGUAUCUACAAAAUGGGUAGGCUACACUUGGAAAACAACACAAACAAUGACAGGACACGGAAAUAAAAAGGCGUAUUAUGACCGCUUCCACCUCAGAGACGACAUCGACACUAAUUGCGAACACUGUGGCACAUACGAAGACCUUGAUCACGCGACAAUUCAUUGUAACGAACAAAGACUCAACGCAAGACAACUACUCACCAACAGACUAGCAACUAUACAAAAGAUCUACCCACCCACAGACAUCGACACAGACAACAAACAGUUGGUCAGCUGGAUAAAUCAAUGGGGAGAGGCCAUAAUUCACGAUGAGAACGAUGAUUAA